AUGAUUAAAACAACGAAUCAUUAUAAUUAUAAUAAUUAAGAAAAAUAAGAAAAUGAGUAAGUAUAGUAUAUUAAAUAUUAGGGGAUCAUUGAUAGAAAAGUUUGUGUAGAAAAUAUAAUAUUUGAUGGGUCUAUAUUUAGAUUUAAUGACAACAGCACCAAAAGUAGAAUUGACAGAGAAUUUAUUUAGAGCCACCAUAAUAUUUUAAUUUAUGUUUCGUCUUCAUUAUUUAUUACCUGAAGAUGGAUGGGGAAUAUGGAAAUAUGAAGAUUUUAAGAUUAAAAUACCUUAAUAGAUUUUAUCAACUAUAUUUUAAUAGAAUGCAUUAAUACUCAAAAUAAUACUAAUAAUAUUGAAUGGUUGUUGUUUGCUGAUGAGUUUUAUGCGAAUAAAAUUGAUGUACUAUUAUAAUAAUGUAACUUGGCAUAUCUUUUUUAUGCCUUAAGUUUCAAUUCUUAUAGAUUUUGAAUCUGAUCCAACACUUUCAAUUAUAGCUAUAUUUUUAUUGCUACUUUAAUCUUUUAUAAAUUUAUACUUUAAUAGAGCAACUAAAUUCUUACAUAACAAUCCAUUUAUAAGAAAAUAUACUAAUCUUACUCUUGUUUCUAUAGCUAUUGAUACUCUUUGUUAUAUGAAUUUUUAAUUUUAUUUGAUUAGAUUGAUAUUACUUCAUUUUUCAACAAUUAUUUAAAUAGUUGAUGUUUAUACAUUUCAUCCUUAUAAACCUAUGCUUAAUUCAUUUGUAUUUCAAAGUUCAAUACUAUAAUAUACUCUAAUUUUAAUAACAACAAUAUCAAUUAUUUAAUAAUCAGAGAAUAAUUUAUUUUAUUCAUAUUUUUUAUAUGGUACAUUUUCUAUUGCAUUGUCUUAAAUAAUUAUAGAAAAGUGUUCUAGAAAAUAAACAUUUGAUUAGUAUUUUGUUUUGGUUUAAUGUUAAUAAUUAUAUAUGUCAUCAAAUUUUUAAAAGACAAUAUUAAUUAAUUAACAUAAAUAAAAUUGUAAAUUUAAACAUGAUAAUAAUGUUAUUGAAACUAUUAUUUGUAUACUAGAAAAUUCAAUUAUUAAAAAUAAAUAAAUCAAAUUAGAUUAUGAAAUUUUAGAAUUAGCUUUGAUUAAUUUCUUAUCUUUAUAAAAAGCUGCAUUAACAGCAUUUUGUAGAUUAAAAUAAUAUUAUAAUGCUAUAGAUGAUCAUACUAUCUAUUUUUAAAUAUGUUUUCCAAACAUAGAUAAGAAAUUAUGGAAAAGAGUAAGAGAUGUAUAAAAUAGAAUUACUAAAUAAAUACGAUCUACUCAAUAUUAUGAUGAAAAAGAUCUAAAAACUAAAGAUAUAUAUGUUGCAUGUUUAAUGAAAGAUUAAUUUUAUCCAAAAAUAAUAGAAGUUUUAAAUAAAAAACUUGAAUUUUGGAAUAAAUUAUUAUCAGAUCUUUCUAAUUAUGAAAGACUAUUUGAACAUACAAUCAAAUGUAGUCAAAUUAUGAAUGAUUUUAAUAUCUUUUUAUAAAAUCUAUACUCUUAAGAUUUAGAUGAAAUUUAAAAUGUUAAAACUGUUAUAGAAUUAAAAAUGUUAGAAAUUUAUUUUUGUAUUGUUAGAAAUGAUUAAGUUUAAGCUACAAAAAUGUAAAAACUAAUUAUUGAAAUGCUUAGAUCAGAAACACAACAAGAUGGUAAACUCUUAAAUUGUAGUAUCUUGGAAAAUAAAGUUGUUUUAUUGUACACUAGUAUUGUUAAAGCAUAAGGUUAUAUUAUUAAGACUAAUAGUGGUUAAUUGGCAAAGUUUUGGGGAUAUGAAAAUGAAUUAGAUUUCUAUGAUAUUAAACAUAUUAAUCAAUUAAUGCCCAAUUUUUGUGCAUCUGUCCAUGAUUAAUAUAUAGAAAGAUUUUAAAUUAUAGGUCAUAGCAUUCUUUUUGGAAAAUGUAGAACUAUCUUUCUCAAAGAUAAAUAUGAUCUACUCAUUCCAGCCAGCAUCACUAUUGAUAAUUUCUUUAUCACCUAUGAUGAUUAUGUCAUUACUGCUGCAUUUGCUAAAAAUAAAGAAACAUCUUUAUAUAUACUAUUUGAUUGUAAAGGUAAAAUACUAGGAGUUACUUAAUUAUUAUAUAAGGUAUUUCAUUCCAUAGAUUCAACCAUUACACCAGAACUAUUGAAUACUGGAUAUAUAUUUUAAAUAAUUCCCAAUAUUUUCUAUUUAGUUAAUAAUCAUACUAAUACUGAAUUUGAUAAUAUUCCUUAUGAAGAAAGAAUAUUAUUAAUGAUUGGUAAUCCAAUUAAAUAGUAAUUUGAUAAACCAAUAAAUUUAUCUAGACAUAAAGGAUAUUAUGAUAAUCUAUGGACUCUUUAUGAAGAUACUAAAAAUCAUAAAACUGAGAUGUUUCUUCCAGAAUAUUAAGAGUCUUGUAAACAAUCCAUAAAUAAUUAAUUGAAAACUAUUAAUUUUGAAAUUAUAUGUUAACUUUAUUAUUAGAUGAUUGGACAUUAUAAAACUAUGCCAAUGUUUACUUUAGAAAUAUUGGAUAUAUUCAAAGCAGAUUUAUAAUCAAGUCUAGAGUAUUCAUCAGAUAUUGAAAUAAAAACUAAUGAUGUAUUUGAACCAGAUCCAGUUGACUUAAGUUCAAUUUAAGAGGAAAGUUUUCAGAAAGUUAAAUAAAAUGAUUUGUAAUAAUUUGAUCAUCCUUUAUAAUAAAAUCCUGAAAUAUUAUUUAUUGAAGGUAGAUUUGGAUAGUAUUAAAAUGAAUAGACUAAUAUUAACAAUAAAUAAAAAUAAUACAUUAAACCAUAAUUCUAAAAAGCUGUAUUUUAAGUGAUCAAAUAAAAGAGUUUAAAUGAAGAUUUAAAGAGUAUAGAAGAAGAAAUGAAAAUUAUCAAAUCUAAUAAAAGAUAUAGUUAGAAGUAAUUUAUGAUCAAUGAGUAAUAAAAGGAGGAACAUAAAAGUUCAGAAAAAAUAACCAAAAGAAAAAAUAUAAUAGAUUAAAUCUAAGAAAAACGUAAAUAAGAUAUUAAUGAAAUGGAUGCUGUUAAUUCUGUUAAUUCUAUAGCUUCUAACUUAAUUAAUUACAAAUAAGAUCUUGUUAAAAGUGUAUAUAAAUCCAACAAAAUUCCUUAUUCACUUAAAAUGAUUAUAAUCUUUGAUCUAAUGAUUAUAUCUUCAAUAUUAGUCUUUAAUAUAUAUCCAAUAAUUACAAUUCAUAAUAACAAUAUUCAUGCUAUUUAAUAGAUUGAUGCUAUAAUGGCUCCAUAUCUAUAUAAUUCUUAUUAUUGUUAAUUAUAUGUACAUAAUAUGAUAUUUGAAUUGCAAAAACUCUAAAUUGUGAAUUAUAGUCAAGAAUUAAUACAUGACAUAGAAACAAUCAAUAAAAAUAAUACACUACUUCAAGAUCUAAACAAAUAUUAUCCUGUCUUUUUAGAAAUAGAGAAACUAGACUAUUUUCCUACUUUAAAUAUUAAAUUCAUAAAUACUGCAGAUUAAUUGAAUGUAUCAUUCACAUAUAUGUAUAGUGUUUUAAUUGAGAAAUUAUAAUAUUUUACAUAAAAAGGAUAAAACUUUACUUAAUAUUAAAUGAAUGAAUCAGAGAUUAUUUCAUCUUUAUAUUUGUAUGCUAAUUUAUAAGAAAGUAUAUCCUUAUAUUCAAAUUUAAUUUAAUUGAUUGUACAAACUUUUUUUGAAGAUAUGAUUUAUGAUGAAAAUAAUUUCUUUAAAUUUCUCUUAAUUGCACUUUUCAUUAUAAUCUUUUUAUUUUGUAUAUAGAUUAUAUAUUUUCAUUAAAUCUUUAAUUAUUUUAAGAAGAUUAUAUACUUAAAUUGUAGAAUUUUAGAAAAGGAUGUUCAUCUAAUAGUUUAAAGGUUGUAAUUAAUAAGAGAGAUUUUAAUUGAACAUACAAUUACAAAUUGGAAAAAGGCAGAUUAUGUACAUUUAAUGUUUCAAUAAAUAAAAUCUGAUCAAAUACAAAUAUAAUCAAAAAUCAGUAAACAUACUCUUCUAUGUUCAAGAAUUGCUUAAAGUAAAUUUUCUCUAUUCUCUAUUUUAAGUAUGAUUAUAUCUGUCUAAUUACUCAUAAUUAGUUUUUGUAUAGGAGGAUAUUAUUUUAAUAAAAUAUAGUAAACAGAAUUAACUCCUUAAUAUGAAUUGAUGUCAGAAUUCUUUUAAUUUUCAGUUACUAUGGAUUCUAUGAUUACAUAAUCUGUUAGAGUAAAAUGUUAAAGACUCUAUAUGUUAAAUAAUAAAAUUAAUGAAUCAAUAACAGUUUAAAAAAGUUUAGUUGAUUAAAAACUUGUAAGUAUUAGAACUACUAAUUUAACAUUUUAUUCUAUUUUAUAUUAAGAUUUUGUAAAAUCAGAAGAAUUAAUACUUAAAGGUUUAGUUAAUGAUAAUUCUGUUACUAGAUAAAAUAAUUCAACUUUAUAUUAAUUGUUCUUUAAUGAUAUAUGUUAAAUAGUUUGUCCAAAUUCAAAUGAUUAAAGAGAUUAAAAUAAAUAUUUUGUUAGUGAAGGUAUUUCUGGAAUAUAUUCAAGUUUAAGUAAAUAUAUUAAAAGUACUUUUAAUUAUGAAUUAGAAAAUUUAAAAUAAGAUCCAAAUAUAAAAACUUAAAUAAGUGUUGUAAAUUCACAUGAAUUUAUUGUAUUAUUUUCAAGACAUUUUCUAAAUACAAAAAAAGCAUUCUUAAAAUUCUAAGAAGAAAUGCUUGUAAAAACUUAUGAUGUUAUUAAUCAAAAUGAUAAUGAAGUUUAAGCUUAUUUUACUAGUGCCUUAUUUAUAGAAAUCAUAAUAGCAGGUUUUUCUUUUAUAUAUUGUAUAAAAAUGAAAUAAUAAUAAAUAUAAUUAAUGAGAUUAUCUUUAAGUAAUAUACCAAUAGAUCUAUUAGAUUAAUAAUCAAUUAGUAUCCUUAAAACAUUAUGA